UUUAUAAUGGCCAUUUGAGGAUAUGAUCAACCAUGCUGCCUCGCCUCAUUUUGAUCCCCACCCGGGGGUCGAGGGGCCAGUGAGGCGGAUCGUCCGACGGUGCAAAGUGAUGCUGUACCUUACCUUGGCUGUAUGUAUGUAUGCCUCACCCAUGCAUUCGGGAAGUUUGGCGCUCGACAGGCGUCUUUGACCCUGAGAUAUACAGAUAUACAGUACAACUCUACAACUCCCAGGAUAUUGCACCAACCUGGUUGGUGGUCUAAGGCCGAGGCCCAUCGGCCCGUUCGGUCGCACGGGCGAAGGCAAAAGGUGAUCCAAAGAGAGCAAAGAGAGGGGCAGAGGGGGGAAUAUCGGUCUUUUCCCCAACACGAACUCACCUAGGUGCACAGUACCUUGUGUAACUGGACACUGGCACGCUGACCUUGUGGUUGAAUGUGGUGGUGCCGCGAAAGUAGAGAAAUCCCAGAGACUCUCAGACUUGGAUUGGUCAUCACUUCUCACUGUGUCAACUGCAGCCAGCCAGCCAUAACCCCAACGUCGAUGAUUUGGAGGACCACACACCAAGUGCAUCACACUUGUAAUCGCAUCACCAUUACGCGGCUAUCCCCCCAUUCCCCCAUUCGAUUCUCCAGACCUGCGACAAUUUCCCACAUCAUGAGUGACUUCCCCCCGGCAGAGUUGAAGGCGGCGGCCGAGCAAGUGGCGGCGCUGCUUCGUGAGCGCAACGAGACCAUCUCGGUGGCUGAAACAGCCGCGGGCGGACUCAUCUCAGCGGCUCUUUUGUCGACUCCUGGUGCCUCUCGUGUCUACAAGGGCGGUCUCACGCUCUACACAUUGGAAUCCCGAAUCGCUUUUGCUGGUUGGACCCAGGCAAACGUGGACAAGUACGAUGGGCCGACCCCAGACUUGGUCGCUGGCCUCGCGUCGCACGUUCGUCAAACCCUCCAUUCGACUUAUGCCGUUGGUGAGAGUGGCACCGCAGGUCCUACCGCUAGUGGUAAAUCUCGCAACAGACAACCUGGCUAUGUCGCUGUGGCCGUGGUGGGAGAUAAGGGCGAGUUGAGUCGGGACUUUGACACGGGCUUGGGCAACGAUCGACAGGCUAACAUGGUAGCUUUUGCGGUGGGAGCUUUGAAAGUGGUUCACGAGUUCAUCACCAGUGGCUCUGCAGACAGAGGAGACAAGCUGUGACGACGGGUGUCUGAUUGAAGGUCUCGAGAAACGCACUCCAUCCAGAAGAUCCAUUCAGAGAACUCAAGACGGGCAUGGGACACGACGUACACAUGCACAACCAUGUAGCAUUGUCAUGGUAGCAUGCAUGCCUGUUGGUUUGGUCGCACUUACUGCACGGGGUCCAGCCUUCCAAAGAGUCCAGAGUCCCUUGAUCAAAGACCCCCUGAACUAGAUAACAGUAGUGCCCACCACACAUGGUCACCGGUUGACUCGAAUCUCAGAUUGACCACCUUUUGAUGGUUCUUAGACCGCACCAUGCUC